UUUACAUGAAAACAUUAUCAUACUGCUGAUAGACAUUCUAUAGACUAGACUAAGACUCUAAUCUAGACUAGACUAGAUUAUGGAUCUAAAAUCUAGUCUGACAGCUAGAGAUAUCUAGAUCUAAAUUGACUAGAUUUGUUUAGAAUAGAUAAGUUUAGAUCUACUCAGUGAGUCAGUCUACUGAUCUAGAUUCAUAAGAUUCUUAAUCUUAGACAGAUCUAGAUCUAGUUAGACGUCUUGUCUUAGACUUUAGAGAGUUAUUCGACGAGUGAAGAUUCAAGAUUUAUUCUUUAGUCACAAUAGUGUGACUAGAGUAGAGAAGUCUCAGACUCAGAAGUAGGACUAUAGAAACUUUCCAAACUUGUGUUGUAAGAUGCUGUAAUCUUACUUCUAAAGCUUUUAUGCUGAGAUAUUUGAAGGAAGUAUUAAAAGUUUUGUAAAAUAUUUACUUUUGUAAAUCUAAUCAAGAUUUAUUAGAUCUAACCACCAAAGCAAGGCUACUUCUUAUUAUGUGGUCUCAUCAACAAGUUUUAGCUGAGUUUCAGUUAUACACAUGUCUAAGUGAAAGUCUUGACUCGGAUUUGACCAAAAUCUAUGCCCAUGUGACACGCAGUAUUAUUAGUGAAAAAAAGUACCAAGAAGAAUUUUAUCCUGAACAAGAUGUGUCAACCCCAGACAAUGUUUUGUCUAACAGUUCCAGCAUUGAAGAUAUAACUGAUUCUGAAAUUUCAUCUGCUACGCAGUUGUCCAGCAUCAACCAAGAGACUCUAGAGACUAACUUAAAAAGUGACCGAAGCAAGCUAUCUAAGCGGCUAUCUACUCUUGGCUUGGGGAACUUUGAGUUGAGCUCCUCUGAUUCUGAAGAUUCUUCCUGCAGCCAUGGUGCCGUAGGCGGGGAGAACCAGGACUCUAAGUGUAAAGAAGAGAGGUUAAAGCGAUACUUUGAAACAGCUGCGGCCCUGGCAGAGAUCACUGAAGACACUGAGAAUCUAUCAUUAGGAAACAGGGAAACAAAUACUGACUGGGAUCAAAUUGAAGAGACACGAAAGAUGGAAGCUAUGGGUCUACCUCAGAAUUUCGGGUCUUCGAAAAGAAAUUACUCUAAGGGAAAACUUUCGGAGAAAGAAAUAAGAAAUAAAUUCUUGGCAUUGUGGGAAGAGAAAGGGGAGCUGUUGGUGUACAGGUCAUUUGUGUCUAUAUACCCUGACUACGCUGUUUACUAUGACCAAAUAGCUGGAUCCAUUCCACCUGGUGUAGAAGUAGAGGUUUCUUCAAUAGAUAAUUUAGAAUGUUCUGCCACUUGUUUAGGUGGGGACAGUAGUGUCGCUGAAGAGAAAACAGCAAAACCCUAUUCAAGCGAUGUUACUUCUGAUCUACCAAGCACAUCAGAGUCAACAGACAGUAAGCUUGACAAAGAAACUGUUUUGAGAAAUACUGAGAAUUUAUGUGAUAAAACUGAAGAGCCAGAACUUUUAUCAAUAAAUAAUAACACUUGUAAGGCUCCCAAACUUACUGAGCAGUCUGUCUUUGAGCACAACCAGGAGAUGGAUCACGGAUAUGGCAUAAAGAGCUCAUCUAAUCCAGAUUGUAGCAAAGAGGAACAUUGUGCUACUCAUCCUCAGGACUAUAGCUCCAACAUGGCAGGUGGGUGCUACUCAGAAGAGCAAAUCAACUCUGACCAGGGAGGAGCAGACGGAAUGGGGGGCUAUAGCCACGAAAACCUUAUUAUCAUGCUUCGCAGCACACAUGAAGAUCUGAAAAAUCAAAUCUAUUGGCACGUGAAAGAAAAAGUUGCUGACUUUUUGAGACAGCAUCCAGAUGAUGAGUUUGAUUUAUCUACCUUGGAUGAUGACAUGAUUGCCAUUGCCAACCCUUAUAUCAACACCCCAGAGAUUUAUAUCGAUGGGGUGAAUGCUGAGCAGGAGGACUUUAGUUGCUAUAGCGAUGACGCCGAUCUGGAGGAAAAAAAUGAAGACAAGAAAAAAAGCAUUCCAGAAACUUUGGAACUUAUAGGACUGUCUAUUGAAAAAAAUCAAGCAGAAAGAGAAAAGAGGAAGCGUAAAAUCGUUCACGGCUCUGUUAUCUAUAAAAGAAAGAACAUAGUGAAGGAAGCAAAGAGACUUCAGUUGGAUUAUGGGAAACAAGGCAGUGCUGGGCCCUGUGAUUUACCCAAGUCUAGGCACAUCGUGUUUGAUGACGAUGGAGUGCCACAUGAUGCUGAAACUGGACAGAGUCAGGAUGAAACACAAGCAAACUCUAGUUUUUUUGAUGAUGAUGGUCAGGGUCUUGAGGCUGAUGUUGACCAGGAAGAUUCAUCAUUGUCUUUGGCCCUAGACGUUUCUGAGGCUGAUUCCUUCAGUAAUACUCCAGAAAGAAAAGCAAAGAAAAGCAAGAAGAGAAAAAACAAAAAGAAGAAACCGUCUGUUCCAAUCCCCGAGGAGAUUGCCAAUGAUGAGAUUUUAAGGAAAUAUUGGUUCCAAAGAUACAGGCUUUUUAGGAAAUUUGAUGAAGGGAUCAUGCUGGAUAAAGAAAGCUGGUUCUCUGUGACUCCAGAAUCUAUAGCGGCCCAUAUAGCUGAGAGAUGUCAGUGUGACAUUAUUGUGGAUGCGUUUUGCGGAGCUGGCGGAAACACCAUACAGUUUGCUUUUACCUGCAAUAAAGUUAUUGCCAUUGAUAUUGACCAAACAAAGCUAGACUUGGCAAAACACAAUGCCGAGGUCUAUGGUGUUGCUGAUCGCAUUGAAUUUAUUCAUGGGGACUUUCAGCAACUGGCUCCUUCACUCAAAGCAGACGUUGUGUUUUUAAGUCCACCCUGGGGAGGACCUGAAUAUUUGAACAAGGAAGUCUAUGAUCUGGACCAAAUGGCUGGCUUCAAUGCUUCUGAACUGAUGGAGCUCUCUAGACAAGUCACAGAGAACAUUGUUUUCUUUCUCCCACGAAAUGCUGAUACUGAAAAGCUGACAGCUUUAGCUGGUGAAGGGAAACGGAUAGAGAUAGAACAGAAUUUUCUCAACAAGAAACUCAAAACAAUCACUGCUUAUUUUGGUGAGCUCAUCUUAUCACAGACUCAGGACUGAGGGAGGAUGGCACUUCAAGUCUCUUUUCAUCCUUGUUAUUAAAACUUGUUAGUUUGUUGAUCUCAUUUAUUUUGAUCUAUUCCACCUGCCAGUUGUGUUUUAUCAUAGUAUUCCCUCUUUACUUCCAUGCCUUGUUUUUCCAUAAAAUGGAUAUUAUGGCUUCUCCAUUCAAAGAGAGAUCACUGCUUUAAAAAAAAGCCAUCACUGAUAGUUCGUGUGUUAUUAACACAGCCAAAGUGCUGUCACUAAUGAUUAUUUCUCUUUAGCAUGACGUGCAAUCAAAUCUACGAUUCCAGUCUGGAUCUUAUAGAAGUUUCAUCUGACCACAGAUGAACUUAGUUAUUUGCUCUUAAACUUUGCAACAUGCUCAUUUUUGUAAGAUUCUUUCAGUGAAAUGUAUUAAUUAUAUAAAUCUCAAAAUCUAGUCUUAGAUUCUUAGCAAUAAAUAUAUAUGAAAAUUUAAUUUAAGACAAGUUAUAAUGCAAGCAAAAAAAAAAAAAGUCACAAUCCUCAAAGUUCUUAUUCGUUAGCAUUGUUGGGCGACGUAGAGAAUUAUAUAUACAGAGAAGAUUACUUGUUCUCCUCCCCCCCCUUUUCCCUUUUUUUUUUUCCUGAGCCGGGCUCUAUCGCUGCAAAAGUUACAAGGGGUAACUCUAGUCCAACUUGCAGAAAUAAAAGAGCUAUCUUUCAAUGACUUUUUCAUGGAGGGUUAGAGGGUCGGAAUGUCUGCUUUAUGUCUGGCAUGGUUGGGCGACAUAGAGAAUUAUAUAUACAGAUAUAUGCAAUUAGUACUUACUAGUUUUCUUAAUUCAGUAGUUAUGGCACAUUUUUAUUUCUUCCUAACAAAAGUUUUGGUUUUAAUCCUUUAAUGUUAGAUUGCCAUGGAUAGAUAAAAAAAAAAUUUCUAAAUUUUUGAUUGUCUCCAGUAUUUAUUGUAUUUAAGAAGAAAAAGAGAGUGUAUUUCUGUUUAGAGGGGCUUCCUACAUUAAGCUGUUUGCACAAAAAUUGUCUGCUUCUAUCUAUGCUCAAAUUCAGUUAGUAAUUCCAAAUUUUAUUCUACAUUACAACAUUGCACUUGUAAAUCAAUUGGAAUUUGAUUUGAAUGUUUCCAUUACUAUGAUUAUUUUGUUUGUCCUAUAAUGUCCCAUGACUUCAAAAUACAUUUCAUUGCCUUUGAGUUUUACUAAGCUUAUAUUAAAUCACCUGGUCUGUCUGUCUGGUAAAACGUUUGUGAACAUUAUUCCUCCCACACCCAAUCUCAGAUCAUGUUUAAAUUAUGCACGAUUAUUUCUUUUACCUGACAAAACGAGAAUCAUUUAAAAAUUUAAACAAUUACUUAACUAUUGAUAAUUAAUUGUUUGGUAUAUAACAGGGGGGAAAAAAAAUCUACUUGACAGAUGUGGUGGUAUAAGUUGAAUUAGUUAUCUUGGGGAGGCUUGAGCUCUUUGAGUUCAAAUUCAAAUCAUACAUGCAUUUAAAAAGCUAUCAGUGUAUCAUUCACCCAGAUAACCUCUUCUUUCCACCCCCACCCCCCUUUCCCAACUGGUCCUGACACAUUGAGAAAGCUGUAAGAUUGAAAUUGAGCUAACCAAAAACAAUUGGAAAAAAAAUAUUUCUAAUUGCACUGAUUUAUUAUUGUUAGGCUAGGUCUAAUACAAAUGAUGUUAAUGACUGAUCCAAACUAAUAGAUACAAAUACACUCACUUAAUAUAAGCUCUGUUUCAAGAAUUUUUAAAUAUUUUAUUUUUUCUUAUUCUUUUUCAUUUUUUCUGUUGUUGUAAAAGUGAAAAUAGGGCAUCAAAUAUAAAUGUGAACAGAUGACUCUAUUUGGAUAUUUGUAUUUUUUUUUUUAUUAUUAUCUCGGCGACAUUUCACUUUUAUUUUGUUGUAUAUUUUUUUUUUUAAAGUAUUUUAACCACUGUUAACAUUUCUCAACAACUUUCCUUCCAUGUUAAUGUUUAACAAUACAUCCUUUUAGACUUCUUGUUGCCAAUGUUCAAAAGAUUGUUACAUCUGCUCCAUCUAUUGAUAUUAUCCAGCUUUAAAAUCUGGGGCGCGCCUCCCUACUUUCAAUGUGAGAAUUCAUAUUAUGCUGUGUACUUUGCAUUUAUUGUAUGUGUUAGUUUUUGUAUUGCAUUGUAAUAUAUGUACAUUGGAGAACAUUUUUAAAAUAUUUUAAAAUUGGCUUUGAUCGUAUAGUAUUUAAAGGUUCGUUGUACAUUUUUAAGAAUAUUUUUUUUUAUUGUCAUUUUAUUUGACAGCUCCAACUUAAUGUUGUUUUUUUUGUUUGUGCUUGUUUUUUGUUUUUUAACAAGAAAUAAAAUCAUUUGAUGCAUA